AUGCUUAUUGUCCACGCCUCAAGCUCUUGCGAUAUCUGUCUGGAUGCCUAUGAUUGGGACACCCCAACCCAGCUGCCUCACGCUAUACCCUGCGGCCACAUCUUCUGUAAAACGUUGGUCCCACUCCAACUCAAGGGCCACAAUCUUUGCCCCUUUUGCCGCAAGCCAUUCGUCGCUAGUCGCAUCGUAAAGCUGCACGUCGAUCGUCCAGCAACCGUAUCGGAGGAGGGUAUAGAAGAUGUUGAGCUGCUGCAGAGGCUUGGUGCAGAGGAAGCGAAACGUCAGGUCGAGCUUGAGGCUGCCGUGGAACAGAGCAAGCAACGCGAGCGGGCACUACGGGAAUCCUUGGAAAGGGCACGACAGUUACGAAAACAGCGCGAGGGAGAGGCUGAAGCUCGCAAACAACAAGAAAAAAAUGCUUCCGGUGCUGUGCCCAGUCCAAGGGAGACUCGGAUCCGAGAUGAGGUGGUUCAGAUUGACAGUGAAUCUUCUGACACUCGCACUGUCUGGGCUGCCCCGCCACCGUCAACCCGAUACGGACGGGGGGUAGGGGUUUGGAGGUCAAGCUCAAGGCGGGCCGCAAAUGCCAAUCUCACAAGUCCAUUCGUGAGCUCUGCCGUGCCACCGUCGAUCCAAUGGGGGCAAGGAGAAGGAGUCGGAGUUUGGAGGGCAAGGCGGAAUACAGAUGCCGAUCUCACAAGUUCACUCACGAUCUCGACCCAUGCGCCGAGUCGUCUGCAGGGAUGGCAUUGA